CGGGCGCCCCGCGGAGCAGCGCGGUGGGGCAGCCCCGCCGCGCCCGUCUAUGGGGCGGCGCUGAGCGGCGGCGCGGCGGGAGGGCGCCGGGGGCAGCAUGAAGUCCCUGCUCUUCAGCCGCUUCCUCCUGCUGCUGCCCUGGGUGCUCAUCGUCAUCAUCGUGCUGGACAUCGACAGCAGCCGGGCUCCGCUGCCCGCGUUGUCCCCCCGCGGCGGGGCCGAGGGCGGUAGCGGCGGGGCGCGGCCGCCCGCCCCGCGGCGGCGGCCCGAGGCCGCGCUGCCCACCAUCUAUGCCAUCACGCCCACCUACAGCCGCCCGGUGCAGAAGGCCGAGCUCACCCGCCUGGCCAACACCUUCCGGCAGGUGUCGCGGCUCCACUGGAUCCUGGUGGAGGACGCGGCGGCGCGCAGCGAGCUGGUGACCCGCUUCGUGGCGGGCGCCGGGCUGCCCUGCACGCACCUGCACGUCCCCACGCCGCGCCGCUACAAGCGCCCGGGGCUGCCCCGCGCCACCGAGCAGCGCAACGCCGGCCUGGCCUGGCUGCGGCAGCGGCACCAGCACCUGCCGCCCCCGCAGCCCGGGGUGCUCUUCUUCGCCGACGACGACAACACCUACAGCCUGGAGCUGUUCCAGGAGAUGCGGACGACGCGCAAGGUGUCCGUGUGGCCCGUGGGGCUGGUGGGAGGCCGGCGCUAUGAGCGCCCGGUCGUGGAGAACGGCAAAGUCGUCGGCUGGUACACGGGCUGGAGAGCUGACAGGCCCUUUGCUAUUGACAUGGCAGGAUUUGCUGUGAGUCUUCAAGUGAUCCUGUCGCAUCCCAAAGCCGUAUUCAAGCGUCGUGGUUCUCAACCAGGAAUGCAAGAAUCUGAUUUUCUGAAACAGAUAACAACAGUGGAGGAACUGGAGCCAAAAGCAAACAACUGCACAAAGGUUCUUGUAUGGCACACCCGAACAGAGAAAGUGAAUCUAGCCAACGAGCCAAAGCACCACCUGGACACAGUCAGCAUUGAGGUAUGACCGGGGAACAGUCCCAUGGCAAGGGCGGGACAAUGGACGCACCAGCGCGUGUUCCAGUUCGGACAGCUAAAAUCAUCUGCUUCUGCCUGAGACCUCACAGACUUCUGUGGAAACAAAAGGAAGCUUUCAGAGACUCUAGUAAACAAAUCAAGUGGGUGUGCUUUGUUCUAACUUGUCUGCAUGCAUUUCUGAACUCUCAGCUUAAUAAACUGACACUUACCUUUGCUUUAAUGCUGUUUCCACAUAGAUAAACAUG